AUGCACACUGACAAUACUAACGGCCGCACAAAGUCGACGCUAUCCCUCAGUGAGUCCCGGGAAAACAUGCACUGAAUUGACCAGAAAAACUAUUUCAGGUUGUGUCGCCUGCGGACAACGGCACACUUCGUGGAGUUGCAAAGAGCUGGAGAUGGAGAAAAACGCGGCGAAAUGUACCGUACUUUAAAGGCGCACGCAUUAAAAUAUCGGUCGCGUCUCGAGGCGAUGCGCCUUGAAAGUGUUUCGCCGCCUAGAAACUUCUAUUUCUGCCUAAAUUUUCUGAUUUCCUGCGGCGCAAAAUGCGUUUUUUCAGCCGAUUCACGCGCGGACGGAGAAAAAAUGAUAUCGGGGACGGUAAAUAACGACAGAUCGAGAGGAACUUCGCGCGGUGAGGCCGGAAAUUACUCGAAAAUUGAAGAGAAUCGUUGUUUUUCGCAGGCAGCCCUAACUCGUUCAACAAUAACAACUGCAGUCGCCAGAGGGACCGGAACCGGCCAGCGACGAAUCGGAAUGGAGCGAGAGGAAGCCGAUUUGGAAACGGAAACGUCCAGCAGAAGCAGCGCUGUGAGUGAAAUUCGAAAGUUUUCGGAGGAUGUUGUUUUUAUGUCUUUGAGUUUUCAGCGUUGCCUGGACCGCUCAUGACCCCGAUGACAUCUCCGCGGACUACAGCUCCUUUCCCUCGGAAUAAUGGUGGAGGUGCUCGUCGGUCAGGACGCAUGGUGCGCAAUCCGGGAGCGUACUGCGGAUCGGCCUCUAUUGGCCAGGACUCCAUGAACCGACGGCCGACGCCAGAACCCCAGAUGCAGAAGCUGAUCGCAGCGCUGUCGCCGUUCAUUUAUGGCGUGGAGGAAAUGUACGAGGAGGUUGCGCUGCCGGUAAGAGCUUCAAAAAAGUUUCGAAGGUUCCAAUUUCACAUUUUUCCAGCAACCGGCACUAGAGAAACCAGUAAAGCCGGCAGGGCCGCCCAAGGUUCCGUUGGACAAAAUGUACGUGUUCGAGACGAAGACAACGUACGAUGAACACGGAGUGAUGGUAUCGCAGACGGAGACGGGCUACGAGGUUACGCUGGGCGGACCCAACGACGCCAUCGUCAUCAUCGACUCGGACGACGGCGUCAUCUUCUAA